AUGAUCACCAUGGACACAAGCCCUCCCCUGGGCUGCCUCUACGGUGGCGAAGUACUUUCGAAGUUGAUGCCUCACCUGACCUUCACGGGGGCCCGGGGCCAGGGCAGCGGCAGCGGCCACGCCACCAGCUGGCACCACCACCUGCUGCAGAGGAGCCUGGUGCUCUUCUCUGUCGGCGUGGUCCUCGCCCUCGUGCUCAACCUGCUGCAGGUGCAGAGGAACGUCACCCUGUUCCCCGAGGAGGUGAUCGCCACCAUCUUCUCCUCCGCCUGGUGGGUCCCUCCCUGCUGUGGGACAGCGGCUGCGGUUGUCGGUUUGCUGUACCCCUGCAUCGACAGUCAUCUUGGGGAGCCCCACAAGUUUAAGCGGGAGUGGGCCAGCGUGAUGCGCUGCGUGGCGGUGUUCGUGGGCAUCAACCAUGCCAGCGCUAAGUUGGAUUUUGCCAAUAACGUUCAGCUCUCCUUGACCUUAGCGGCCCUGUCCUUGGGCCUUUGGUGGACAUUUGACCGUUCGAGAAGCGGCCUUGGGCUUGGGAUCACCAUCGCCUUCCUUGCCACGCUGAUCACCCAGCUGCUGGUGUACAACGGCGUCUACCAGUACACCUCCCCCGACUUCCUCUACAUCCGCUCCUGGCUGCCCUGCAUCUUCUUCUCCGGAGGUGUGACGGUUGGGAACAUAGGACGACAGCUGGCCAUGGGCGUCCCCGAAAAGCCGCACAGCGACUGAGUCUCCCGCCACUGCUUCUGGGGGACAGCCAGGCGUGGCACCGACACCCAGGCUUGGGCGGGGCAGCGACAAUCUUCCCUCGGGAUCUCGGAGACUGGCCUGACUCACCAGGACUCCCCGGGGAAACUGCCCCUUUAGGUGAGCAGGCGCCCAGAGGGACAGCUCGCCUGGAGAUGCCACCUCAGCUCCCUCGUGCCUGCCCUGCCCUGCCCUGCCCUGCAGACCCUGGACCCAGCGGAGGCAGAUGGGCCGCGGGCGCCGUUUCCGAGCGUUCCAUGCUGUUUAUCUCAUGAAAAACAAGUUGCCAUAUGACAAAGCCUUGAACUAAAGCCCAAGUCCCAGCUCUGGGUUUGGGUCCUGCCCACAGUGGAGAGCUUGCCGGUGCUUAACAAAGGCGAGUGUGAUGAGAUAGGAACGAUAUUUAUCUACAAGAUUUAAAAAUAGGGCUGUGUGAAAAAAGAGCUGCAGGGGCACGCACUGUGGUCAGGACACCAGGCCCACCACGCUCUGCGGCGCACCUGGGGUCACGGUGCCCAGGGGAGCCCCCGCACACUGAGUGGGGGUUGAGAGGGCAGCUCUGCAGGGGACAGUGGGUGAAGUCGGGUCUGCCCUGGGUUUCCGCCUCCAUGAGCCGGACUGCUGUUUCCUUGAUGCUCUAGCGUCGAGAGGACUUUGCCACGGCCCUAUAGGAUCUGCAAUCUGUGAUUGCCUUGUGAACGACCGUCCGUCCCUGCUCCAGCACUCGUGUUUCCGACUGUGCCGAGGUGUUGGCGAGCACAGUGCAUCCACCCACUGGCACAGGCCACGCGGGCCCGGGUUGCAAGCAUCGGGUCCUUCACUUCAAGUGCAAUGUGUACGAAAACCAAUCUGAGCCUUGUAUUCUCUACAUAUUUAUUUUUUUUAACGAGUGAGAUGUUAGAGGUUCUCCAUCCAUUUCAGCCCUGCAUGGAGGCAGGUCAGCAAUAAUUCCUCCCGGGAAGUCGCUGUUGCCAUGCCCACCUGAGCCCGGCUCCUUUCAGUUCUCCAGUUCUGUGGGUUUCAGUAAACGUAACUCUUACUUACAAAUUUAUCUUCUUUUAUAUUUUGAAAUGUACAUGUUUUUGGUUUAAAUUCUGGGAAAGCAGCUUGGUUAAAAGGCUCCUGGGAUAGAAGCCGGCGGUCAGCGGGCAGGACUGGGCACUCGGCUGCCCGGGAUCUUUGUUGUUUCAAAGAAAAUCUCUUACAGUAAGUUCUAAGUUACUGUGGCUGAUUGUUUUAGGAGAAUUUUGUUGAGGAAAAUGGGAUUGUCCUCAACUUGGCAAUGAGCCCCUAUACAUUUUCUGAAGACGAAUGACCAGAAUGUGCGAAGGUUUUUCAGCAGAGACGCCAGCGUUUUGUGAAAACCGGAAGUCAUUAUCUGAAAGCAGUCAUCGAAUCUAAAUAUAUUUGAUGAUGGUCAAACAACUAGUGUUUUUUUUCUCUUCAGCUGGAAGUAAAUCUGUAUCUCUUAGCAAGAAUGUGGCCAAAAGAUGUGAAUCUGGAGACUCCGUUGCCAAUACUUACAGCGAGUGCACGAACCGAAGUGACCCACGUCUUAGUCACUGUGUGACCAGUGAGCACGGCACAGGAGCAGCGGGGAGGUCGCGUUCACACUCAGUGUCGGCAUCGUGUUCUUUUUGCAUUCGUUUUUUAUGUCUAUUAAAGGUUCAACACCAACCAUG